AUGGAAUUGGCGUGCCCCAUUUGCAAGAGUGGUUUCCCUACCACCGAUGAUUUGGAAGCACAUUCACAGAAGUAUCAGUCCAGGCUAUGGGCAGCGAUCCAGCGAUGCCUUCAGUCCCAAAAAUAUGUACCGCCCGAGUUUCUAGAGUUGCUACAAUGCCUCUUGCAUUUACCCGAUAUCGUAUUAAGCUGUCCUGAGUGCGAUUUCACACCUAAAGAUCUCGACAAGCACUGGAUGACUCAUGUCGACUGUUAUGUGAAAUGCGAAUUUUGCAAAAGAGACCAGACGAAGGUCUCAAAGGCACUCACUCAUCCCAAGUCCUGCCCCAUUCGCCAAGGUGCUGAAUUGUCAAGCGAUGAAAAGGUGGACAGACAACGCCUGCGUGAUCAUGCUGCACAGCAGCUUGACCAAAAGUUGAAUCCGACACAAAGGUUUGCGAAGAGAAGAAGGGUUGAAAAGGUUUGGCCAGAUCUCUCAACUAGCACAAUGAUUCCUCCUUUGCCAGCACAAUCUAUUCCAUCUGAGGACGUGGAAGGAGGGUUUUUCUCCCCGCAUGCAUCAGUCCCAAAUACAUUUCCUACCGAUACAUCUGCCAGGCUCUCCCAACAUCAGGAUUCAUCACAAUUCAACCAAGCGCCAGCGCUCGACGACUAUCCUUACGAUAUAUUCGCCGGGUUUCCUCAGCAUCAGGAUUCAUCACAGUUCGACCAAGCGCCAGCGCUCGACGACUAUCCUUACGAUAUAUUCGCCGGGUUUCCUCAGCAUCAGGAUUCAUCACAGUUCGACCAAGCGCCAGCGCUCGACGACUAUCCUUACGAUAUAUUCGCCGGGUUUCCUCAGCAUCAGGAUUCAUCACAGUUCGACCAAGCGCCAGCGCUCGACGACUAUCCUUACGAUAUAUUCGCCGGGUUUCCUCAGCAUCACGUCCCGGCACAGUUCGACCAACCGCCGGCACUUGAGAACUGUCCCGCCAACAGAGCUACUAGGCCUCAAUAUCCAAGUUCGUCGCGUGUCGACUAA